GUCCCUCCGUGCGUUUCGCGUUCAAGAAUUUUGUCCCCAGCGCCGAGCCGUCUCCCCGCCCUCGCCGCUGCCAUGGCGGCAGCUCCGCCGCUCUCCAAGGCCGAGUAUCUGAAGCGUUACUUGUCUGGGGCAGGUGCCGGCGUCGAUGGGGGCCCUGAUUCCGGUCGCAAGCGUCGCAGAAAGCGGCCGAAGCCUGGCGGGGCUGGCGGCAAGGGAAUGAGGAUUGUGGAUGAUGAUGUGAGCUGGACAUCUAUUUCCACCACUAAAGCGGAAAAGGAGGAGGAUGAUGAUGAUGGAGAUUUGCCUGUGGUGGCUGAGUUUGUGGACGAGCGGCCGGACGAGGUAAAGCAGAUGGAAGCCUUUCGUUCCAGUGCCAAAUGGAAGCUUCUGGGAGGCCACAGCGAAGAUCUACCCUCACACAGACACUUCCGUCACGACACCCCNGAUUCAUCUCCCCCCAGGAGGGUCCGUCACGACACCCCAGACCCAUCUCCUCCCAGGAGGGCCCAUCGUGCUUCUCUGGAUCCUUCUCCCCUCAGGAAGCCUCAUCGUCACUCUUCAGGUGUGUCUCCUAGGAAAGCCCAUCACGACACACCAGAUCCAUCUCUUCCUAGGAGGGCCCAUCACAGUUCCUCAGAUAGCUCUUUUCCCAGAAGGGGCCGAAAUAGCUCCCCUGACACAUCUCAACCGAGAAGGACUCUUGACUCCUUGGACACAUCGCAGCUCAGGAGGGCCCACCGUGACUCCCCUGAUUUGGCUGCUAAUGCAAGAACCAAAAGCAGUAAAGCCCCGGAAAGAGCCUCCAGCAAAACUUCUCCACAUUGGAAGGGGCCGGGACCAUCUCAUGCAUCACUCCCAAAGAAAAGCAAGUAUGAGUAUAACUCCAACGUCUCUCCUCCACGAAAAAAGCAAGCAAAAUCUCAUAAGCAUGAUUCUAAAGACUCUUCCCCCAGCCAUAGGAAGUUUCACACAAGCUCUUUACCUAGGAGACAUCCGAGUCACACCUUGGAUUCUUCCUCCUAUGCAAGUGACAGUCGGAAAGCCUCAGAUUCAGAUCUUUCUCCUCCUCGACAUAAACAAAGUUCAGGGCACAGGGAUUCUGACUCAGAUCUGUCACCUCCACGAAAUAGACCUACACGUCGGAGCUCUGAUUCUGACCUGUCUCCACCAAGGAGGAAACAGAGGGUCCAGUCUUCUGAUUCUGAUCUGUCUCCACCUCGAAGGAGUCAGCCUCUAGAAAAGAAGGCUGCAUACAUGUAUUCCGGGGCUAAAACUGGGUUGGUGUUGGCUGACGUGCACCGAGAGGAGCAGGAGCUCAAGAAACGGGAAACCCUGGCGUUUGAAGCUGAAUCCCAGUAUGCUGAAACUGUAUUUCGAGAUAAAUCUGGCCGUAAGAGGAAUUUGAAACUGGAACGUUUAGAGCAAAGGAGAAAAGCAGAGAAGGACUCGGAGAGGGACGAGCUGUACGCUCAGUGGGGAAAAGGACUAGCCCAGAGCCGGCAGCAGCAACAAAACGUGGAGGACGCAGUGAAGGAAAUGCAGAAGCCUCUGGCCCGCUAUAUUGAUGAUGAAGAUCUGGACCGGAUGCUGAGAGAACAGGAGAGAGAGGGGGACCCCAUGGCUAGCUUUAUCAAGAAGAGUAAAGCCAAGGAGAAUAAGAAUAAGAAAGUGAGACCUCGAUACAGUGGUCCCGCACCACCUCCCAACAGAUUUAAUAUCUGGCCUGGAUAUCGCUGGGACGGAGUGGACAGAUCCAAUGGAUUUGAGCAGAAGCGCUUUGCCAGGCUCGCCAGCAAGAAGGCGGUGGAGGAACUUGCCUACAAGUGGAGUGUGGAGGAUAUGUAAUUUUUCUGAAGCUGUGGGGCGGCUGUGGGUUGUGGUAGUGGAUAUAGGGCAGCCAGACAUCCAGCUGUAACGGUUGUCUACGCUAAUAAUCAGGGUCCACAUAGACCGGCAACUUGAAUGCCAGUUUCGACUGCGGAAGAAUGUUUUGAGACCUGAUGUUC